GAAGAUUUUCUCUUCGCUGCGGUAGUUGGCUCUCUCUCUUUCUCUCAUAAAAACACUCCGAGUACAAAGACCCUCUCUCCUCUCCUCUUUGCAUUCGAGUGAAAGAAGCGAAGAAAAAGAAACAUGUCAGACGCGUUCUGCAGCGACUGCAAGAGGCAGACGGAGGUGGUGUUCGACCACUCCGCCGGCGACACGGUGUGCUCGGAGUGCGGCCUCGUCCUCGAAUCCCACUCCAUCGACGAGACCUCCGAGUGGCGCACCUUCGCCAACGAGUCCGGCGACAACGACCCCAACCGUGUCGGUGGGCCCUCCAAUCCCCUCCUCACCGACGGAGGCCUCUCGACCGUCAUCGCCAAGCCCAACGGCGGCGGCGGUGGCGAGUUCCUCUCCUCCUCCCUCGGCCGCUGGCAGAACCGCGGCUCCAACCCCGAUCGCGCCCUCAUCCAAGCCUUCAAGACCAUCGCCACCAUGUCCGAUAGGUUGGGACUAGUUGCGACCAUCAAGGAUCGGGCAAAUGAGAUAUAUAAGAGGGUUGAAGAUCAAAAGUCUAGUAGAGGAAGAAAUCAAGAUGCUUUAUUGGCUGCUUGUCUCUACAUCGCUUGCCGACAAGAAGACAAACCUCGUACUGUAAAGGAAAUUUGCUCUGUUGCCAAUGGGGCCACAAAGAAGGAAAUUGGCCGAGCAAAAGAAUACAUAGUAAAACAACUGGGUUUGGAGAAUGGUAAUGCUGUGGAGAUGGGUACAAUACAUGCAGGGGACUUUAUGAGGCGAUUCUGUUCUAAUCUUUGUAUGAAUAAUCAAGCUGUUAAAGCUGCUCAGGAAGCUGUGCAGAAAUCAGAAGAAUUUGAUAUAAGGAGGAGUCCCAUAUCAAUUGCUGCAGCAGUUAUAUACAUCAUAACUCAGCUUUCUGAUGAUAAGAAGCCUCUCAAAGAUAUAUCACUUGCCACAGGCGUUGCAGAAGGAACAAUUAGGAACUCCUACAAGGAUCUUUAUCCUCAUGUUUCCAAAAUAAUACCAAAUUGGUAUGCUAAGGAGGAGGAUUUAAAGAACCUUUGCAGCCCUUGAAUUGUAGAGCAGAAUAUUACCAUCCAUAUUAACAAUUUACAAGUUAUAAUGUCAUUAGAGCAUUCUGUUUCAGAUGUAACUGAACUGGUUAUUACAAAUCAAAGUGCCGUUUUUAUUCAUUGCCGUCGAUCGCACCAUUUUUUAAACCCUCCUAAUUUGAGUACUCGUUGGGAGCAAGCAACAUACAAUGUAUGAAUUUCUUGAUUAUGGUAAAACAUCAGAGUUAUUUUUUGCUGUCA